AUGUGUUUUUUUGAUGACUCUGAUUCUGAUAGUGAAUUGGAGAUAUUUGCAAUAGCUGCUUCAAAAGAAGAGCAACUAAAUAAUGAGAGACGAGUGGGGAGGAGGUUCCGGAUAAGUCAAUGUCUCUUUCUUCGUAUUUUAUCUACUGUGGAAGCAUAUGAUCCUUAUUUUGCCCAGAAACAAGAUGUUGUUGGAGUUCUUGGCUUGUCUUCCCUUCAGAAGAUGACAGCUGCUAUGAGGAUGUUGGCUUAUGGAGUAGCGGUAGAUUUUGUAGAUGAUUAUGUAAGGAUUAGAGAAAGCAUUGCAAUAGAAAGUCUACAAAGGUUUGUUGAGGUAGUGGUUGCAGUUUUUUCAAAUGUAUAUUUGAGGACACCAAACAAAGAUGACAUUGCUAAAUUACUAGCGAUGGAAAAAAAUCAUGGGUUUCCUGGAAUGUUGGGGAGAAUUGACUGUAUGCAUUGGAAGUUAAAGAAUUGUCCUACUACAUGA